UUGCACGGAAGAUAGACUACUUGGUGAACUGGAUCUUGUGGCUUCUGAGUUCAAUGAUUCGAUCUUUAUCCUCGUAGUUUGGAUUUUUUUUUUCUUUUGAGUGUAAAUAGCGGAGCUAGGGUUUUGAAUAGGCCUAAUCCAUUCUUUUUAUCCUAAAGUUAGGUUUCGUUCUUCCUCCUUAGCGUUAAGAGUUUUGUUGUUGUUGUUGAUAACUCCAAGCAAAAUGGAUUAGAAGGAUCUGCUCUUCUGUUGCUUUAUCAUCGAUAAACGUUUUUCAUUUUCGUAUCCUCUUCUGGAAGUUUGUCUAGGUUUAAUGAUGCAUUGUAACAAAGCAUGAGUGUGUCAAUCUGUUAUACCUCUCUUCUUCAGAAGAAGAAUUUAACUUCUCAUCCAUUGUUGCAACUCGAACUAAUAGGACGUUUCCAUUAACCAUAUAAGAAACCUAAACCAUGUGUGGACUUGAUUAAGCAAAAUCUAUGGAAGUAUUUGACCUAUCUAGACAUUCUCUGUUGGUUUCAAUUUCCACCAAGGUUUGACAUCCUCAAGGAUCAAAGUCUAUGCUAUAGAAAAUUGUCCCUUGUUGGCAGAGCAAAAGUCCAAUAGCAUACUCAUUGUAUUGAGCCCACCAGUGAGAAAAUGGACCCAAUUGCAGAUCCAUUUACAGGUACAUCGAUUGUUGCAUCCCGACCAGCAAAGAGAAUUGACCAAUUAUGUUUAAUGUAAAUUACCUGGCUGAAAUGUUCAUGGCCUAAUUCCUGGCUAUAGACUUAUUUUUUUUCCCCUUACAGAUUCAUGUGUAAAAAUGUUCCAUGGAUGUGAAAUCUUUGCUUUUUUAUCCCCAAUUAAAUAGAUCAAAAAACACAGAUCUCGACUUCUUGUUAAUCUAGGAUUUUCUUACGGAUGAAUCGAGAACUUGUAGGCACAUCAAGAUGUUACUGAUGUGUGAUCGUUCUAUAUACCAUGUCGUGUUUGUUCUUAACCCUCGAUUGUUGGAUUGGAGCAUAUGCUUGUUCUUUGCGUGUGUCUUAUUUUCUGCUAAUGUUGUAUUAUGGGAUAUUGUCAGAUGUCCAUCCCAACACACUCCUAGAGCUACAUACCCAACUGUUGUUGAGGAUGACAGUUCCAAAGAGACUGACAGAAUUCCAACACCUAAAGUGAUAAUUGAUCAAGACUCAAACCCAGAUGCAACCAUCGUCGAGGUAGCCUUUGGCGAUCGCCUUGGAGCACUACUUGACACUGUCUUUGAUCCGGUUCCCUGGAUUGUUCCACAUAUCCUAUGAUUCAAGCUUUAAAAAAUGGAGUUUGUAGAGAAAUUUGAGCUCUUCCCAGACUUGAAACUGCUAAUGUAGAACUGACCAGUCCAUAUUUCAUUCCUAGACUGUAAUGAUAUUCUUUGUUGGACUAUGGCGUGGGUUAGUGUCUCUUGUUAAUGAAUAAUCUGAUGAUUUAUUUA